AUGGCUUCGCCGCGGUCUCCAACGCCAGCAUCUCGAAAUGCAACUCCAGAAUUACUUACACCGCGAUCGAAAAUCAAGGCAUUACUUGCGACGGUAGAUAGCAGCGAUGACGACGACAAUAGCAGCAGCCGCAAAGCCAAAGAGACCAAACUGAAAGCACGAUCGCCAAGAAGCAAAACAGUUGCCCACGAGGAGGACCAUGAAUCGGAUUCCGAUUCUGAUGAAGCUGUCCAGAUACGGCCACGAGGAAAGCUGGCCGCUCGGAUGCAAGGCCCCUCAGAUGAUACGAAUGAACCGGAUACAGCCAAUAAUGCAGAAACUGCGAGGGAUCGUGUGAGACGAAUGUUGGAACAAGAGGAGGCGCAAUCUAAAGAGGCCACGGAUACCGAGAUGGUAGAUGCUGAUGGCGCCGAAGAGGAAGACGAAGAUGAGCUUCCGGUUGCCCCUCGGCGGCUGAAGCGCCGUCCCGCACAAGACAAUGCUCCGGAACUCUCACAUCGAUCGCCUUCCCCUGGUCUUUUUGUUUCUUCACCAGUGCGUCCGUCGCCAGCAAAGGCGCCUCAGGACCAAGCAGAAUCCGAAGAAGACCUGCCUGCUGUCAAGUCGGAUCGCUUCAAGGCCCUGGUGGAACGGAAGCGACAAGAGCGCCUCGCGCGAGAGGCUGAAGAAGAAGCGCGGAAAGCAGAGCGCUGGGCACGGCAGGAAAAGCUAGCAUCUGAACUCGAGGGGCUGGAUUCUGGAGAUGAUGCAGAAGGUAUAACGGACGACGAAGGAGGACGGAGAUUGACACAAGAAGCCCGUCCAACGAGAAAAGCAAGCAAAAAGGCCAUGGAAGAGCUUAACCGAGAGACCCAGCGAAUGGCAAGAAACAUGCAGCUGGCCCACGAAGCCAAGACACGAAAGAAGCUCUCUAAAGCAAGCCUAUUUGAGCGUUUCAAUUUCAGAAUAGAAGGCGAGGCAUCGCUGGAUCCUCAGGCAAACAGUUCAAGCAGGCCGGUAACACCUCCAACCGAUGGGGAUGCGAACAAAGAUACGCCACCUAGCUCGCCACCAGCUGGAGAGAAGCGGGGAGACAAGCGGGAAUCUCAAGGCAUCGAAGAUGCUACGGCGAGGCUAGAUGAUUUAGCAGUAAACCAUGAUACAGAAUAUGUUCAACAAACAACCCCUACACGCUUGGACAAGGGUAAAGGGCUAGCUACUGAAGUCGAAGAACCAAGCAAGCCUACGCAAACUAAACGCCGAGUGAGAGUGCGACUACCGAUUCCUCCCAGGUUUACUGCCGCCGACUCAGACGACGAAUUGGAGAUUACAACUACAGCUAAAGACAGAAUGAAUGCUGUUUUCAACAAUGUUCCCUUUAAAAAAGCGCAGGAAUCGCAUUCAAUACUGGCCUUGCGGGCUUUGGCUCACGUAACGCCUCCCGGAAAAGAAAAGAAGCGCAAAAAUGAGCGAGACGGAAUGACUCCUGGCGAAUUUCAAGCUACUCUGCUGCAAAAGGCGAGGGAACAAGCAAGAUCUGAGCGAGACCGAAGGCUUGAGAUGUUGAAAGCCCAAGGUAUCGUCGUCCAGACUGCAGAAGAACGAGAAAGACAGAUGCAGGAGGUUGAAGAUAUCCUGGGCAAAGCCAGAGAGGAGGCUCAACGAAUUAAGGAAGAGGAAGCAGCGGCUGAGAAGAAAGAAGGAAAAGAGAAUGGUGAAGCAGAUCCUUUGGCGUGGGAUGAUAGUGACGACGAAGAGUAUAAAGAUGGUGACGCAGACGCAGAGGGUUCUGCUGUGGAGCUCUCAGGAUCUGAGGAAGAAGAUGAAGAUGAUGAAGAAGAAGACGACGCAUCAGAGGCAGAAGGCGAGACGGCGGGACUGGCCAUGUUUGAUGCCGAGGCGGACGAGGCAGAUGAGGAAGAAGACGCAGCAUCUGAAGCUUCAGAUGUCCUUCCUCAGCUUGAUAGCAAGGAUGGUGACGAUGAAGACGAAGAUGCCGAAAACGUAACUGCGUUUAAAAGAAAACGCUCACGGAAUAAGACUGCCGUUUUGUCUGACGAUGAAGGCGAGCCCACCUUCGAAGCCACGCCAAAAUCCAAGAGGGCCUACGAUACUCCAACGCUCGACUCUCCUGUUGCGCCUACAUCCGUGUUGCGAUCUGCCAAGAAGACAUUCAUUCCUGGUCUUCCCGUUCAGGGACCUGCUGGCCUUAGCCUUACUCAAAUCUUUGCUGGAACAAUGGAUGAGAAUCAGAAGAGCCAACUUGAACCGACACAAUCCAUGAUGCCCGAUUUCGAUCAAUUCCCCGACUCCAACUUUUCGGCUGCCAUGGAUGACAGUGUCGAAGAUAUGGUUCUAGACUCUCAGCGAGAUGAAACUCAGGGCGUUACGCAGGCUGUUCAGCUCAACCUUGCGCAGUCACAGAUGCAUGGGUUGGACAGUCUCCUACGAGAUGACAUGAACUCACAAAUCUCUGACAUGAUUGAGCCCUCGCAGGAUGGGGGGCUUCAGAGAUAUACGCCUCUAAAAUCGAGAUUUGUCGAGCCUCCAACUUCCACAGUGGAGACGAUACCGGCGGACCAGCAUGGAGAUGCAAUUCAAAGCUCUCCACUGGUGCGUAGGGGAAGACUUCGACGAAAAGUGGAAAUGUCAUCCAUCAAUGAAGAGAAUGCAAUCUCCACGAAUGCGGAAAAAGAAGACGAAGAACUGGAUUCUUCCAAGUCUGCUUUCAAUGUACUUCAGAACGCAGCUGCUGAACAAAAGAAGAAGAAGCUCAUAGAAGAGUUUAACAAGAAGAAGAGCAAGGCGAAGGAGAUGGUGGAAGAACAAGCCGAAGAAUCUGAGGACGAAUAUGCCGGCCUUGGCGGAGCGGAUGGCGAAGACAGCGACGACGAGUUUGAUGCCACUGUUCAGGACAUCAUUGAUGAUGCCGCUGGCAAUGACGUUGAUGCUCGCAAGCUGGCCGCAUUUUACGCUGACCGAGAACGGAUAAACGAUGAAAAGGAAGUUGAAAAGCUGUACAAGGACAUCACAUCAGGCUUGCUUCGCCGUAAGCGCGGAGCUGACUAUGACCUCUCUGACUCUGAUGACGGUGGAGAAGCUCGCCGGAGAAUGAAGCGUCGCCAGUUUGCAAAGAUGCAAAAGGCAUUGUUCUCUGAUGAGCGCGUCAAGAAGAUGGCUGAAAAUCCUGGUAACCAAGCUUUCUUACGUACCAUGGAGGAUCGGGGCAGUGACGACGAAAUGGACUUUUUGGAACUUGUCGAUGCGCCAGCUUCGCAAGGAGAUGAGUCGCAGUCUCAAAGCGAACAGCCUGAACAACCUGAACAGCAGCAGCAACAGCAGCGGCAAGUCAUUCCUGAUAGUCAGCCGCGUAAGCCACUUGGUAGUGCUGGUGAUAACAGGGCUCCCGCUCAUAUGAGGAGAACCAAAGAUGGCAAGAAGCCAUCAAACAUUGGCGAGGUUCGGGAGACGCUGUCUGAUCUGCUGGAGGAUGGACGGCAUAGUUCUGUUAUCCCGGCCACUGAGGUUGGCUCCGACAGCGAAGAUGAGGAUGCUCGACCUGCGUCACGAGGGAACAAGGAGAAUCACUCCCCUGCCUCCCGCCGCUCACGCAACGUCGUGGUUGAUCGCAUCAGCCUCAAGCGCAACGCCUCAUCUGGCUUGUCUUCAUCGAGUCGCCUCGCUUUUACUACUGCGGGAGGUUCAUCUUCGUCUUUCAAAGUCCCCGCGUCACUUCUACGUCGCGCAACCACCAACUCAUCAUUGAUAUCCACGGCCACUACUACUACAUCUUCCUCUUCGACGACGAUGGCCACAGGUAGUGGAUCCGGUAGUGGAUUUGGCGAAGAGGCCAAGAUCAAGAAAGGCGCAGGCAAGAAGAGUGGAAUCAAUGGCUUCGCGAGAGAUAACGAAAAACUGGCGCGGAUGCAAGAGAACGAGCGCAGGAGAGAGGAGAAGAAG